AUGGCUGCGGUGCAGAGGACGCGUCCAGCUGCUGCGCCGCCGAGCUCGCGUGUGCCCGCCAACUCAUCGCGACCGCUCCAGCACCGCGCCCAGGCGCCGGCUGCCACGGGGAGCUCGUCCUCGCGCGCGAGUCACGGAACCGGGCCGUCGUCCGUGUCCGUCUUCCUCACCAACCUGCGCCUCCUCGACCUCGACCUCCUACCAGACUGGCCUGGUAUCACGGCCGAGACGUUUGCUACGACUGGCGCGAGCGUGCAAGGGCAGAAGCGCAGGAUUCACUGCGUUGAAUGGGCCCUGUUCCGGCUGUUUUCCCUCUGGGACCCAGAGGAAGCUGCCAAUAAGCUCAAGCCCUUCUUCCCGCCGCUCGACCAGACCCAGUCCCUCAACCUACGCGCCGCACUCCUCCGUGCGCUGGAAAAUGCAAAGAAGAAUGGCGUUCUUGGCCGCGACUCGGUCAUCCGCAAGACGAUGCUGGACGAGUGCAAGGGCGAGCGGCUCGAGGAGGCCUUGGCUGUCUUUUCCACGGCUGUCCUGAAGUUGGUUACUGCCAACGAGGUGCAGGCGGGUCGAGCAUACCCUGCCGCCGCCCUCGAGCUGGCGCUUCAGGAACGCGGGUACUCGACUGAUAAUACGCAACUGAAAAUGCUGUCCCUGGCGCACAGAGCCAGUAUCCGCCAGUUGCUCGAGACGAAGACCGCCGCCAAGUCUCGGUACGCCGACUUUGCCGACCUGUUGAGCGUCAAGGAGAGGGGCGUGGCACGCCGGAAUGAGGUGCUUCUUGCAAAGCAACGGCGUGGUGCAGACGGCGAGGCAGCGCUAUCUGAUACUGCCCUUGAAGAGACGCGGCGGAUGGUGCGAGGCAACUGGACAGGCAAUGAGAAAUGGAUGAGCGCCCUUUUGCUCGGCGACUCAGCCCCCGAAGCAAGCCAUCCUUCUGGUCUGUUCACCAUGCCAAUGGAUAGAGUCUGGAGGCGCGUGGAGCAGGGAAGGCUCUCCGAGAUUGAGAAGGAAGACGGAGGGCUUCUCAACCAACUUGACGGUCGCGUCAAUGUGCUCCGAGAGAGGCUGGCCAGAUGGCAGGGUCUUCGAGUCGGCAUGUCUGGAGGGCAGCAGGGCCAACAUUCAACCGCCUCGCCUUCCAAGCGCCGUGCUCAGGCAGACAAGAGGAAGGCGACCAAGGGUAUCGACCUCCAGUUUGGAAAGCAUUGGGAUAUCCAGAUCAGCGGUCCAGGGGCUAUGCGCGGAGUAAGGAACAUAACCCAGCGCGAGCAGCCCAUGCUGGAUGAAUAUCGCGAUCUCGUGGACGGACUGAGGGACGAGUUGAAAAAGAUUCGCGGCAAUGCAGAGGGCACGAAGGUCACGAGCUUCUUGGCGAGACCGCAACAUGGGCCGCCGCACAUGAACGAUGAUGAGAGCGAAGGAGAAGACGACGUCUCAGAGAUGAGUGACUUGGAUGAAGAAGCAGCGGAAGCCGCAGCGAGGAGAGAAGAGCCGCCCAUCGCAAGGCGUUUGCCUGUCAAACCACAUCUUCCCGGCGCCCCGGGCCCUGAUCAUGCGACCGCAUACGAGUCCUCGAAACUGCCAGAACUCCCGAUCAAGUCCGCUCACGAGUUGUUAGACCACGACGAGGAGCCCUUAGACGCAUCGCGGCGCAGGGGUUUGUGGGACUCCUCGCCGCCGUCGAGCCCGUCUCCUUCAAAGCGGUCCCCGACGCGACGAACGGUGGAGGCAGAUUCUCGCCGCAGGGCUGUUCCCCUCGGAGAUGGGCCAUCAAAGCGGAACGGGCCGGACCAAGAACUGCCGCCAACUGUACCUUCGCCGACGCAACAACUUGCUGACCAGAUCCUCGAAUCCAUGAACAACGCAUCGCCGUCUCCCACCAAACGGUCCAAGCCUCGACAUACCCUGUCACUUGCGCAGCGCACGCGGCUGUCCAUGGCCAGGACGAACCCUUUUCUGGAUGGCGAAUUGGACGAUCCCGCACCAGCGCUGUCUUCGAAUCCCAACCCGGCGGGACCGGCGUCGUUGGGAACAGGGCCUUGCGCAAAGAAGCCAUCGCCUCCUAUCCCUGAAGCCAAUGAGCCACCUCAAGAACAUGAGACUGGCAACGAAGACGACCUGGUUGCGCGCACCAGGCGCAGCAUGGCGGGCUUGGAAAAGGCCAAGCAAAAGGCACAGUUGGAGCGGCGCAGAUCACUACGCAGGUCUAAGCUACCACCACCACGCCGGGAAGGGAGCCUCUUCCCGAAGCUGAGCGAGGAGCCGGAGGCCGGGGACGAUACCUUGGCGUUGACGGAGGAGCUGAUGCGGGAGGAGGAUAUGGAGGCGGUGUUUAGAUCCCGACCAAAGAUCAAGGCCAGCCCGAUGGGGAGCCCGACGAAGAUGGACGACGAGUGGCCAUGA